AUGAGCACGUCGCCGCUCCUCGCCAAGUCGGCGAAAGAUGCCUUCAUCGAAGUCAUGCUCAUGCCCGGCGGCAAUCUCGAGGCGGUCGAGGCGCUCUUCGCGUGCUGCCAGGUGGACGUCUUCGUUCACUCCAUGGCGCGCCUGCGCAACGCCGCCGCCGCCAAGCGCCAGAUGCUUGGGCUCGUGUCGCCGCCGCAGCUCAUGCACGCCGAGCCCUACACCGUCCGCGAUAUGCUCACCUUCCAACCGGACCCCUUCCCCCAUCCCAUGCUCCGCCUGCACCGCGCGCUGCAGGAGCCCGCCGCGCGCUUGUUCGGGGACAUUCUGCGCUACAUGGGGCUUGCGAGCGGCGCGGGAGGCGCAACGUUCAUCGGCGGAGGCCCCGCGGGGAGGCUGACACCGGCGGCGGAGAUUGCGCUGGUUGCGCGCGUGCUGCAGACGAUUGGCGAAGAGCCGCUGCUUCGCGACGAGCUAUUUCUGCAGUUACAGAAGCAGACGCGCGCGAAUGAUUAUCGCGACUCGUGCAUAAAGGCGUGGGAGCUCAUGCGCUACUGCGCGUACAUCUUCCCGCCGACCACCACCGUCGCGACGCCCCUAGUCGACUAUUUCACCGCGCUCGCUGCCGACCCCAAGUGCGACCCGGGAAUCCUCGGCGCGCUGCGGCUGGCGUGGAAGGCGCUCGAGCACGGGCUGGAGCACGGGCCGCGCGAGACUAUACCGGGGGAGGAGGAGGUUCGCGCGCUUUUAACGGGGACCCCGAUGGUGGUGCCGGUGUUUCUGUGCAACGACGCGCCGGAGAAUAUUCACUAUGGACCGACGACCACGGCGGAAGAGGCGGUCAAGAAUAUUCACUAUGGACCGACUACCACGGCGGAAGAGGCGGUCAAGCCGCGCAUCAGCCGCUUCCCCUUUCCCCCCUUCCCCACCCACGCCCACUUCCCCCUAUUCUCCACCCCGCUCCCCCAGAUCCUCU